AUGGAGUUUCCAGAGAUGGGCUUCAGUGCACUUGGGGCUGUCAAUCCUGGCUGUAACGAUUGCAUGUCCCCCAGUGAUUUGCAGCUAGCUGGUGUUGCUCUGCAGAUGGAACCGAUUCAGCAUCCAGCGGAUGCAUCCGGAGCGGAUCUACAACCGUCCACCCCAAUACGUGUGCAGCAGCCUCUAGCAUUUUCUCACCCGAAAGCAAGCUGCAUGGUUGUUGCAUCUUUGAGACAGCAAGCGAAUCCAAUUCUGAAGUACUUUACCUCCGUUCCCUAUUGCUUGGCGCCGAUUGCUCCAGACUUCCUUGUGGGUGUUGGCACCUGCGUAGUCUUCCUCAGUCUGAAGUUUCAUCGCCUGCACCCAAAGCAGCUGGUGCAGCGUUUAGUUCUGCUCCAGAGGUGCCGUGAGCUGAGCAAGCGCUUUCUCCUCCUGCUGAACGACGUGGACGGGGCCCAUGCCUCCCUAGCUCAAGUUACUCUGCACGCGUUUCACCAUGGCUUCAUGCUGGUGGUUGCGGCCUCGCCCCCUGAGGCUGCAGAACUGCUCCAGCAGUUGAAGGCGUCCGAAAACCGAGCUCCAGAUUGUCUGCAGCCGACGCUAGAUGCGCGUCAUGCACCCCGUUGUGCCGAGGUGCUUCGGGUGCUUCCUGCAGUAAACCGUGCCGAUUUCGUGUCGCUCGCGAAGGAGUUCGGGUGCAUGAGGAGCAUCUUCCUCGCCAAGCAACAAGCGCUACAGCAGUGCCCCGGCAUUGGACCCAAAAAAGUGCGCGCGCUGCUUGCAGCGUUUCAAGAGCCUUUCUUUCCCGACACAGACGCAAGGUACUCGGGCGACCCUCUGAAGCCUGCCUCUGGUGUAAUGUCGAAGGAGGACAGCCCUUCAGCAAGCGGCAAGACCAUUACGAAAGAUAGGAAAGGCAGAGAGGCUUAA